AUGGCGGACGAGGGCGCGGGGGCAUACGAGGACCUGCUGCCGGUGAUGGCGGGGCGGCUGGGCACGGCGGGGCUGCUGUCGGAGCUGCGGGCGGGGUUCCGGCUGCUGGCCGACCCGGCGCGGGGCGCCAUCACGGCCGAGAGCCUGCGGCGCAGCGCGGGGGCGGUGCUGGGCGUGGAGGGGAUGACGGCGGAGGAGGCGCGGGCGAUGGUGGGCGAGGGCGACCACGACGGCGACGGCGCGCUCAGCGAGCAGGAGUUUUGCGUGCUCAUGGUGCGGCUCAGCCCCGGCAUCAUGGCCGACGCCGAGGGCUGGCUCGAGGAGGCCAUCGCCGACGAGCUGGUCCCGCCGCCGCCGCCGCCCGCGCCGGCCGCCUGA